AUGAUGAAAUCGUUUAGCAAGUUGGAGUGUGAUGAAGUAUUUGGCAAAGAAGAUAAAUCAUUCUCAUUUCUAAAGUAUUCCUCUCAUCAAAGCGAGUUAACGAAUCCUUUCUUUGAAUUAGAAGAUGACAAUUUUUCCACUGGCAACUAUAACUAUUAUCUUCCAUCUGCCUCAAGCUUUCUGGCUUUACCUGAUAUUGAACCCAUCUCCAUCGUGUCUCAUGAAGACUUACUUAAUGAGUACGGUUCUGUUUCACGGACUGAUCAAGAAGAGUCAAUGUUCGAUGAACAUAGAAGAGAAGAUGUUGAUUUGGUGAAAAGGACUGAAACUGAAACUAGCAAGAAAAGGAGAGGCAGAGAAGAUUUUGAUUCUAAUUUUUCUGUUGCAAAGACAUUUUCGAUAGAAACCUUGUCAUUGUACUAUAACAUGCCGAUAACUCAAGCGGCUAAGGAGCUUAACAUUGGUUUAACUCAUUUGAAGAAGACAUGUCGAGAAUUGGGUAUUCAACGUUGGCCUCAUCGUAAGAUUACGAGCCUAAACAAUCUCAUCAGUAAUCUCGAGGGGGAGCUGGAGAAAAUGGAAGACCAAGAGAGCGAAGAUAAGCUAAGAAACGCUUUGGAAAAGCUCAAGAAGGAGAAGAAAAUGAUAGAGGACUUUCCAAAUUUGGAGUUUAAGGAUAAGACAAAGAGAUUGAGACAAGCUUGUUUUAAGGCCAAGUAUAAGAGGAAAAGAAGACUUGUCAUGGCCAAGUCGAUCACAUCACCCUAA